AUGACCUUCGACCUCUAUAUCAUUUUCUUCCCUCUGCUCUACGGAGUAUUUCUCCUUUACAUCAAGAGGAAUAUGCAGGCUACCGUUUCCGGCAAGCGAGUAUCUAAAAAGAAAGAUGUCGAGCAAAAUACCGGUCUCAAGGACAAUUUCCAGUACUUUUGCCAGCGCGUACUAUAUCGCAUUCUCGAGACCGUCGUCGCCGAUUCCACUAGAUUCCACCCUCAAUGGCGUCACGGUCCUUGUAUCGUGCCUCAAGCGGUAGCCUCUUUCUUCGGAGUUGUGUCCGAUAAUAGCUGCGGUAGGGGCCCCGUCGAGCGAGCGGCGGUUGCAGACCUUGGUAGGGGAACAAUGGGUCUCUACGUAGCUAAAUGGCGCCUUGGAACUUGGGCUAUGAUCCGUGAGGCUUGUGACGACGGAAUUGGCUCGGACGGGAUCAACCAAGCCGUAAUGGGCAUCGUGAAUUGA